UCCAUUUCCCCAUUCUCACCAGUCACCACCAACCUUCGCCAGUCCCUCGCCGGCGAACCUUGGCGCCGCCGCCCGCCAGGCCCGAGCCACCAGCACCAUCCUCGGCCUCCUCCUCCUCCAUCUCGCUUACGCACAGAAGGGCGGAGCUACAUUUCAUCAAGUCACGGGGGAGGGCAAUAAACCCUAGCUAGGCCCUGCCGGGAGGGUAUGGAGGCGGCCGCCUCCAGCCUCUCGUCGCUGCUCUCCACCCUCCGCGUGGACGGUCCCUGGACGCCGCCGGGAACCUGGGAGUCGAUCAGCCCCGAGAGCGGCGCCGCUCGUACCUCAGGCCUCGGAGGGAGCCCCCGUCACGAGCCGAUCUACGAGCUCGCAUCGGUUACUGAUGAUGCUUUGGUUCGUUUGGCUUUACAUGCCCUGCAUGGUGUCAAAUCAUCGUUAGAUGAGAUUGAUGAGCUUUUCAUGGUGUUCUCCUCGAAUCCGGCUGACAGGACCUCUAGUCGUGUCGCUAAUGUGUGGUCACAUUCAUCCAGCACUACAUCCGUGGGGCACAUUCUCAAAUCUAUACGCUCAACAGGUCUUGCGGUCUUCUUCCUUUGCAAGUUUGUGCACUUUUAUCUUAUCCAAAGCCGAGAAAAGAAUUGUGCAAGUGGAGGAAGACAUGAAUGUGAAGGUUCUGAUGAUAAAGACACUGAGCAGCAUCAACCUUUCAGUCUAGUAAACCAAGCAUUUGCUGCAGCAGUUGAAAAGGCCCUGGAAGGCUAUUUAUGUUCCUUGAAUACUUUACCAGCAUCAAUUAAGCUCAGGCGUUCAUUUGCACAAUGUAUGCCUUCCAAGAUUUCAGAUGGAGUGAGUUGCAAUUCCACUUCAGAAGUCACUCUUCUGGAAGUUUAUCUACACACUGAGGAAUUAAGAAGGCAUGUUAAGUCCCUUGGAAAUAUUUGUUUCCCUAAGUUUGCAGGUCUUACAUUGUGCCAGGAGGGUUUGAAUACUGAUGCAAAUGUGGAGUUUGAGAAUUUCCCACGGGGCACUGAUUUGCUUUCCUAUCUGUAUGUCCAUCUUCGUGAUGCUGAUCCAGUUCACUAUGGAUUUCUGAAGUAUCUCUUCAUUCGUUCUUGUGAACCAUACUUUAACUUCAUUAAGUCAUGGAUUUACCGAGCUUCUGUUGAUGACCCUUAUGAGGAAUUUCUCAUUACACAAACUGAGAAUAAGGAUGCUCGAGGAGACUCUUCUGACAUACUAGAUGAGUUUACACUCUUCCCCUUGAAGGGAAGAAAUCAUGUAUCUGCUCCAUGUUUUCUAAAGGAGAUAUGCCAUCCUCUUUUGCGUACUGGCCAGCAGCUUCAAGUGCUCUUGAAGCUUCUAAAAUCCUGCAAUCUUUCUGCUACUGGACGAGAUGCUUAUCCCUCUCAUAAUACCAUUCGUAUGGAGGGAGUUCUCCCGUGGUUUGAUACGCCAAUUGAGUCUUCAAUGAAUUCAUUUACGUUCUCAAAAAGUAGUGUGGAGGCAGUAACAUGCAAAAGGGAUGCUAUGUACAAGUUGAUGAUGGAGAAGCUGCAACACUUUUUCUCGAAUGUUGAGGUGAUUCCUUUUGAUACUGCAUCGAACUUCCUACAUAAGGGGACGGACCAUCUGGCUACAUCAGUUUCAGAUGCUGAGCUGUACUAUGGAGACAGCGAUGCUGCACUUGCUUGCAAGAUGGCUGCAGAUGAAAAAGAUAAUGAUGCUUCUUCAACUUCACAAGAAUCUUCAGAUAAAGAGGAUCCCUUGGAAUCUUCAGAAUGCUCUUCUUAUACCUCUAUGGAUGAUGUUGAAGUUGAGAGUGCUAGAGCUUGUGACGAUUUGUCUAGUUCCAUGUCCUCACCAUACUGUACAAGUACAGGUGAAGCAAAAUGCUCCUUGGUUACCAGAAAGCUGCUUUCUUCCCAAGCCAGUUCAGUUCACCAUGGGAUAAAUCAUGCAAGCCCUAUUGAUGAGUCUGAGAAAGAUGACAACUUGAGUUACAGACAUGUUCCUAUGCACUCACAGAAUAUUAAGCAUAAUGCGGCGCUUGACGCUUUAGAAUUGGAUUAUCAGUAUAGUCAGUUUUCACCAUUUGACAGGUUUAUGAAGAGAACCUGUUGCUCAUCCGAAAAAAUGAAUUCAGUUGAGGAGUUCUUAUAUACUGAUCAUAAAAGUUCAGUACAGAAAGUAUCACAUGGUAAUGUAGUUUAUCCAUUACAUUCUGAAUCAGGGUCUCCUAGACUACUGAACAGUAAACACUAUGAGAAGUCUGGUAAGAUAAAUCAGGCAUGGAAUACUAGCAUUCCUUACAAUCUCAGUUUGAACCCCAUACUGAGGAAUGCAGCUUGUUGUCAUACGGAGAGUGAUUUGCAACAUAAAAGCAAGAACCGAGCACUUGCCAGCUUUGAUUUCGAGUCAGUCACAGAUCCAUGUGAAGUAUAUUGUGAAAGGAGCCCGUCCUGCCUUGUUGAAUCUGUAAAUGGAGCAGCAACAGUUGUACAGCCCAGGACUCAGCCUUCUGGACAGCCUGAUUGUUCUAGCAAGCUUCUUCAAGCUGAGGCAAGAAGUCAGGCAUACCUUACUUCCUCAGGAGAAGUGGCAGAAGUUAAUCUUCAAGAAAGUGCUUCUGGUGGCGCAUUCUGGGAGAAGUCAUUACAAUAUAAUGAUAAAUCAAAAGAAAAAACAGCUGGGGAUUUUAGCUCGGAGUUUGAUAUGCCCCUUGAUAUUGUUAUUGAGAAGUGCAUCAUGCAAGAAGUUUUGCUUCAAUAUAAAUAUGUUAGCAGCUUCACAAUGAAAUUGCUUGAGGAGGGGUUUGAUCUUCAUGCACAUCUGCUAGCUCUGCGGCGGUAUCAUUUCAUGGAAUUAGCUGACUGGACAGAUUCCUUUAUUUUUUCAAUUUAUCAUAAGAAAUGGUCAUUCGUUAAGCCUGAGCAGAAAAGAGCAGAGAUCCAAGGGCUUAUGGAAUUGGCUUUGCAGAGGUCUUCAUGCGAUUAUGAUCCUUAUAAGGAAAGAUUGUUUAUAUACAUGAGAGAGCAACCCAUUUUUUCCUUUGAUGCCUCUGCAUGUGGUCUUGAUUUGCUGGAUGAUAUCUUAUUGGGUUAUAAAGCUGAAUGGCCGGUGAAUAUUGUCAUUAGAGAAGACACACUUAAAAUAUAUGCUGAAAUAUUCUGUUAUCUUCUUCAAGUCAGGUUUGCGGUGUUCUCACUAACUGAAGUAUGGAGAUUUCUAAAGGAGUUGACACAGCUCAUCAGUCGCUCCAGCCAUAGUAGACCUGAUGUGAUGAAGAAAUUGAAUUUUGUAAUGAGAGUGAGGCAUAAAGUUUAUCAUUUUCUAUCAACACUACAGCAGUAUCUCCAUUGCCAUUUAUCUGAUAUAUCAUGGCGUCGUUUUCAACAUUCCCUUAAAAAUCAGGUGAGAGAUAUACUGGAUCUGGAGUAUGUGCAUAUGUGUUAUAUUACUGAUGCACUUGACAUAUGUUUCCUAUCUGAUGAGUCAAAACAAGUUGCCACAAUAGUCAAAAGCAUGCUGCGUCUGGCUUUGGAGUUACGAUCAUGUUUUCAGAUUCUUGGUAACACUUGUGAUUUACCAGAAAAUCAACUCAGUAAUCUGCAUUCUCUUAUAAACUUCUCUCAGGUGGAUGCAAUUAGAACGAGGUUUGAGGGUAACAUCAAAGAUAUGUAUAUUUUGCAUUCCAAGUCUUCAAAAUAUGGGGAGCUUGGCCUUUCCCGUUUCUGGGGGUAUCUGAAUUACAAUGAGUACCAUUCUACAAAAAUCAGUAGGGAUAUGGGCAGCUUCUGUUUUUGAUAGGACAUCUUAAGACUGAAGUAAGGUUUGCCUUUGGGGAAUAGCUCACCAUUCACAACAAUUGGUGAGAGGUGCAUGGCUUUGUUUUGGGUCUUCUGGAAUCAGCCCAGCUUUUCCAGCCACCCAUGGCAUAAGUUAUUGCUUGUUUGUGCUGGUUGUAGUGCCCCUUACGCAUCUUCAGUUCAAGAGGUACACACUGCUAAGGUUCUCCUUUUAGAUAAACGCGCUGGUUUUUUUUGUUUUCCACGUGUCUGCACCAGCUUCAAACAUGAUGUUAAAGAGACCCCCACUUCAAACAUGAUGUUCUAUACUUGGAGAUGGAUUGAUGGGUUGAGAAACUAUAAGACUGGAAGUGCAUUUAAAAUUUGAAGGGGAAGUCGUGUAGCUUGAUUAUGAGACAUCGGUAAUGGUGUUUCUGUUGAUUUAGUUGGGGAGUGGAUGUAUAUAAUAUAACAUGUAGUUCUUGGAAGGGUGGGUAAUUCUGUAUAGUUGAUUCUUAACAGGUUACUCUUGAUAAAUGGAAGGUGUGAUUGGUUGCUCUCUUGGCCUCUUGUACUGUUCUUUGAGUCGAUCAACAUGUCAGAAGAAUACACUUCAAAUUUCAUGUGUAGAAUUGAACAUCACUCUUUGAAUA